UCUCUUUCUCUGUGUUCUCCCAAUAAAAAGCCAAGCUUUGUUAAGCUGCUGCUGCACUUUCUUUUGUUUCUGUUGUCUGAUAUUUCAUUUCUUUCUUUUCUUUUUUUCUUUUUGCUUCCAGAUUUUGUCUUUUUUAUUUGUAAAAAGAAUUGGUUAAGGGAGAAUCUAGAUUCUAGAGUCUCUUCUGAAAACAUACCCAUUUCAUUAAUUUUCUCUCUCAGGCAAAACAAACAAUAAUAAAUGAUAAAAUCAGAGAGAGAGAGAUAAAGAAACUAUUGACAACUUUCAUGUCUCUUCUCAUGUAAGUUUCGUUUGUUCUAUGUGGAUUUUCUUUUUAUGGGUUUUUUUUUUUUUUCUUAUUCUAUUCUCUUUCUCUCUCUCUCCCUCACUAAAUCUUCCUUGAGAGAAUGGCCCAGCAGAUCCAAAAUCCUUCAUUUCAUCUAAUAAAUAACUUUUUCUUGGUGUUUCCAAAAUGCCCACUCUGUUGUUUGGCUCUUUUGAGGCCUCUCUCUCUCUCUCUCUCUCUCUCUCUCUCUCCCUCUGAUCCAUUAGCUUUUCGUUUCAAAAGAUACCAACUUUGAUAUUUUCUUUUCUUCUCUUUUUCUUUUUCCUCUGUUUUCUUGGCUUAUAGUGUUGCUCUGAGCUGUUUGAAUGAGUGAUUCUUUUGUGGGUUUCUGAUCAAAGGAUUGAUAGGUUGGUGUUUCUUUGGAUACCUGAGGAGAUUUCUCUUUUGAUGAUGUAAUGGUACAAAGGAUGCUUGGUUCUAUCUUGCCGAGAUAUAAAUUAAAACUCAAUCUUCAAGUUUUAUGGCAAUGCUAGGAAUGCAAGCAGAUAUGCCGUGCCACUAUUACCCAGGAUAUUGUUCCACUAGGGAUCUCAAUUUGAACAAUGUUGGUGCAUUCCCAAGGAAUGGACAUUACUACAAUGGGAACUUGGCACCACCAUAUACAGACCAAUAUUUGGCUUACAAGGAAAAACUGAAGCAGAUAAUGCUCCAGCAUGAAGCUAUAUUCAAGGAUCAGAUCCUCGAACUCCACCGGGUUUACAACCGGCAGAGAGAAUUAAUGGAUGAAAUGAGAAGGGUCAAGUUCUAUGGGCAUCAUCUACAGGUAGAAACCUUACAAUCAAGUCAAACAUGCCCUGGAAACUCAUUUGACUAUUCCCAAAAGAUGUGCAAAGUUUCUGCACCCCCGUUGCUGAAUCCUGCUUUUAGUCCAUCCUCUAUUUCUCGUGCUGAAAACAACCAACCGCCUUUGAAUUAUCUUGAAGGAAAGAUCACAUCAGCAGGUUGCAGUACUGUUCGAACUGAAGUCUGCAGAGAAGAGUCUGAGUUACUGAAAUCGAAGUUCAAGAAAGUUGGCAAAAAGAUAUUGGACCUCGAACUUCCUGCUUAUGAGUACAUUGAUAGUGAACAAGAGGAAUCUUUAGCUUGGGAAGCAGCUCCUCUUGAGGGGCCAAGUUAUCUUGCAAAGAGCAUUGUUGAUGAUGUUCAGAAGCAUGGCGUAGAAUUGUCUCAUAAGAUUGCAGAUGGUAAUGUAGUUUUCCAAGAUGAUGACACGACACGAGCUUCAUUUUCUAUGAGAACCAAACUCUUAGCUGAUUUAAAUGAGCCCAUCAAGCUUGAAGAAGAAACAGAUCCUGAAUCCAAUGAUUUUCUAAGUCCUGUCUCAGACCCUAGAGAGAUCCCCUGCCAUGAUCUAUCUGGAGAAAAAUUUUCAGACUUUCAAUUUCAACCUAAGGAGACUAUCCAAAUUAGCCAGACAGUAGGGGAUCCUGAACCUUUCUCAAAUGUUCUACAUUUGGAAAAGAAUGAAACUAGACGAGAGUGUUUAUCGGGUAACGAUGAAACUGGGAAAAGUAGCAGUGGCUUGAGUUCUUUUCCUCAAAGGACAUGUACAGAAACUCUUUCCACCUCUUCUGAAGAAGAUGAGAUUGAGCAAGCUCAGGAAAGUUUAACAUCUCAUUUAUCAAUCUGGUGCAAUGGAAAAUUGGAGAGGAAUAGGAAACCUUUUGGUUUAGAGAGCUGUCCUGGACAGAUUGCUGCUGCUUGUAAGCAUGCCUCAGGUGAACUCAUUCCUCUAGAUGAAGUGAUGAAUUGUGAUUCAUCUGUGCUCUCAUCUUGGAGAAAGCAUACACAGGAACUUGUUAGGGCCCCUAUAGCAGUUCAAGCACUCCCAUGUUUUAAUAGUCCUGUACGUUUGAGCAGGAGCUCCAAGUUCCAAAAUCCUCAAAUUACUGGAGACAAGUCUUACCUUGACAUAAAUGUUGAAUCUGAAGCAAAACUUCAAAGCUCAAGCCCUCAAAGCAACUUCUGUGAUAGUGAUAAUGUAUUUGCAUCUGAUGUUAAAGGUACUAAAGUGUGCAUUGAGGACUCCAUGGAUUUGAUCUUGACAAAGGAUAUAGACCUGAAUUGUGGGUCUCCUGGUUGUUCUUCAGAUGUGGCUGCUCAGAGUAUUUGGCUUACAGAUGGUGAAGAGAAAUGUGAAGAGUCAGCAGGGGGCUCACCUUUACGCAAAGCAGACUUGGCCUCUUUUGUGGAAGCCAAUAAAAAAUUCGAACUGGACUGUAAUUCUGUGCCUGACUCAGGAGAGCAGCUCACUGCAAAUGAGCUAGUAUUAGGAAAGAAACUUGGUAAGAAGUCUUCAGGCUUUGGAUUUCAAGUUGACCUCAACUCAUACAUACAUGAGGAUGGGUCUUUACUGCUGCCCUCUGUGCCAUCUAUAUUAGAUUUGCAAGCACCUAAAAGUCCUGAAAACGAGGAGGGAUCUCCGCCCAGAGGAGAAUCUGAUGAAAACCAACACGAAACACCUUGUAUACUGUCCGAACAAGAAAAUGGUGAUCUGCUAGAGGAUCUAGUCACAAUUGCAGCAGAGGCUAUAGUUUCCAUUUCGUUAUCUGAGCCCCAGAAUGAAACAGAGAAUGAGACUUUCAGACAGCCUGAAGCUGCAGAAAGUGUCUCUCUCCAUUGGUUUGCCAAGCUAGCUUCUUCCAUAGUAGAUGAUCCAGAGAGUGAAUUUGGAGUAGUUUUAAGUUGUAGGAACCCUGAUGAUCAGGAUGAGUAUCUCUCUGAUGGGAUUGAUUACUUUGAGGCAAUGACAUUGAAGCUUGAGUCAAAGGAGGAAGAGUACUGUUGUAAGGCCAAUGUCCAAAAGGAGGAAGUGGCUUGCCCAGAUUCAUUGCCAAGUCAGCCAAGAAGGGGCCGAACGAGAAGGGGGAGGCAGCAACAGAAGGACUUCCAAAGCGAGAUUCUCCCAAGUCUAGCUUCACUGUCAAGAUAUGAGGUGACUGAGGAUCUCCAGGUAAUAGGUGGGCUAAUUGAGGCUGCUCGUCGUAGCACAGGUGCAAGAACAGGGAGAAUUGGUUGGACAACGGGGAGGAGGAGGAGGAGGAGGACUUCUAUGUCUUCCUCCAAGGCGGAAAGCUCAGCGUGCACGGCGUCGAGGCAGCAAAGUAGACAGGGCGAAUGUAGAAUUGAGGAUUGGAGCCUAAUAGGUUGGGGGAAGAAAACAAGGCGGCGCAGGGGGCACCGAAGUCCUGCUAGUAAGCCAGGGCUUAUUUUAAGCCAAGUAGGAAACUCUACUUAGUUUUUUUGGGUGGAGUUGAUAAAUGAGAUGGUUUUGUAUUGUAAAUGGAAAACAUUGGAAACAUUUUGUUAACUUAUAAGCAUCUUAUAGGAACCACCGAAAGGAUUAUGUCUUUUUGAAGCAUUUGUAUUGAGUUUAUGUUUAGCAAUGGGAAUGCUUGUACAUGUCAGUGGUAAACCAAGAAGAACCAUGGAUUAGCUUCA